AUGUUUGACGAAACGUGGCCGUUUCAGUCCAUGAACUGGUGCUACGGCCGAGAAGAGCUUGGGAACGACGCGUUGGAAUUUCUUGAAAACGACAUCCCAGCCACUACUCUGGCCAUUAAUACCAAGAGACUUGUCAGCAUUAAAGAAUGCUUCGUCUUUUUCAGAGAGUGUAGGCAAAGAAAGAAAGAGACUUGGUUGCAUUCAUUAUCUUGUGACCAUCCUAGGUUUGCAGACAGAGGUCUCCAUCAAGCUCCUAAGCAUUGGAAAGAUCUAAAGAACACAAAAGAUAUUGUCCAUGCUAGCAGGAGUGUAUCUUGCCUAUCCAACCAUGACCUUUUCUUUGGUGGGAUUCAUACUGACGGGAAGUGUCAGUAUGGGGUGGAGGUGUAUAGCCCUCAAUUUGCCAGUAGGAAAUUUGGGUUGGUCCAGGCAAUCCCAGAAAUAAGGUAUGGUUCUAUGAAUAAAGGGAGUCCUUGGAGGAAUAUGGGCAUUACACCCCAGGAAGUUAAGACUGUAAGAAUAGCCUGGAGAAGCAGAGGCAAGAAUGUGAGGGUGCCCCCUUAUAAGCCAACCCCACUCUACACUCCAAUCUUCCAUGAGUUUUGGGAGAACAAGAUAUUCUUGUGGCUCCUAGAAUAUGCCAAACUCCUAUAUACCACAGCUUUUAAAGAUUGCCCAAUUGAUGACAAAGCUAGAAGAGGCAUUUAUGCUGAAGAGAUUGAAGCGUCUCCAGAAGCUGGAAGUGAUAGGCCCUCUCCGACUUCUGGUGAGGGUUCAUUAGAAGGAAAAGACGGAGGAAGAACAUCAGUUCCGCCACCUCCCUCUCAGCCUUCAAGCUCGAACUUAGACCCUAGACACAAGGGAAAAGCUCUUCUCAUUGAGGAGGAAGAUGAGGAGGAAGAUAAGGUCCAUUUCCAAAGAAAACGAAGGGCUCCUACUACUCCAACUACGAAGGUUGAGUCUGAAUCGGCCCCAAUAGAAGCCUCAGAAAAUCGUGAGAAGAAGCCAAGGGUGGUUUACCCCAUAGAGAAGAUAGGACACCUGAAAUGCCUGAAAGGCUUGCUACACCAACGACUCAGAGGCCAGGGAAAGAGGCGGCUCAAGAGCCCUCCAUUGUUGAUAGAGAAGCCUGAUGAAGCGCUUGGUGCUGUGGUGGACAAACUAAGGGGUUUGUGGACUUUGUUCAAAUCUCCUAACUUUGACUUGGUUCAGAAUCCUGAUGCAUUCUCCAAAAUGCAGCAUGUGCUUAUCCAAGUUGAACAAGUCAAACCUCACUUGGCCCCAGCAUGCUAA